AGAAAUAACAAAAAAAAAAAAAAAAAAAAAAAUUAGAAAGAAGAAAGAACGGCUGGGAUGGGAUGCCUUUGCACAAAGCAACGAAUUAAAUAUGAAGAUCCAGCUGUUCUUGCUUCUCAAACCUAUUUCAAUGAGGCUCAAGUUGAAGCUUUAUAUGAGUUAUUCAAGAAGUUAAGCAGUUCUUUGACAGAUGAUGGGCUUAUCAGCAAAGAAGAGUUUCAGCUUGGAUUGUUCAGAAACAGCAAGAAGCAGACUCUAAUAUCUGACAGGGUUUUCCAGUUGUUCGACUCCAAGCAAGAUGGAGUAAUAGAGUUCGAGGAGUUCGUAAGAUCUCUGUCUGUGUUCCAUCCUGAAGCAUCUCGAGCAGAAAAAGUUGCCUUUGCUUUUCAACUACAUGAUAUGAGCCAAACAGGCUUCAUUGAACGCAAUGAGCUCAAAAAUCUCAUCUUGGCACUUCUAGAAGAAUCAGAAUUGACUCUCUCAGAUGACAUUGUUGAAAGCAUAAUUGAUAAGACAUUUAAGGAUGCUGAUACGAAAGGAGAUGGGAGAAUUGAUAUACAAGAAUGGGAUGAUUUUGUAACUCGGUAUCCAUCCUUGCUCAAGACCAUGACUAUUCCUCAUUUGAAGGACAUUACUACGGCAUUCCCUAGCUUUGUACUAAUAUCAGAGAUAGAAGAUGAUGAUCUCAACGAGUGAUUCCAUUAUUAUAAUUAUCUUUUAUAAAAUAAUUAUUUAAAGUUUGCUUUUGGAUGAUGCCAUAUAAUACAAUAUAAUGUGAUAAAUUAAAUCUGUGUGUUUUUAGUCA